UCUAUAAAUAGAUCUCCAAGUAAAGUAAUGCAUCUCAACCAAGCCAAGCCAAGCCAUCCCAUCAUCAAAAACCUAACAAUUGAAAUGAAGUCACUCUCCAUCUUCCUCCUGAUUGCCCUCUCCUCCACACUCGCCAACGCCGCCACCUUCACCAUCCGCAACAACUGCCCCUACACCGUCUGGGCUGCCGCCUCCCCAGGUGGCGGCCGCCAGCUCAACAGCGGCCAAACCUGGAUCCUCAACAUAGCCGCGGGCACAGCGGGAGCCAGAAUAUGGCCGAGGACCGGAUGCUCCUUUGAUGGAGCCGGUCGAGGCCGGUGCCAGACAGGCGACUGCAAUGGGCAGCUGGUGUGCAGCGGCUACGGCUCGCCCCCAAACACGCUUGCAGAGUACGCGCUGAACCAGUUCAACAACCUUGAUUUCUUCGACAUAUCAUUGGUCGACGGAUUCAACGUGCCCAUGGAGUUCAGCCCUAACUCCGGCAGUUGCAGCCGUGGGAUUCGGUGCACCGCUGAUAUCAACGGGCAGUGCCCGAACCAGCUGCGGGCGCCGGGAGGGUGCAACAACCCAUGCACGGUGUACAAGACCAACCAGUACUGCUGUAACACAGGGCCGUGUGGGCCCACCGAUCUCUCGAGGUUUUUCAAGCAGAGGUGCCCUGAUGCCUACAGUUACCCAAAGGAUGAUCCCACAAGCACUUUUACCUGCCCCGGUGGGACCAACUAUAGGGUCGUCUUCUGCCCAUGAGCAUCACCCUCACAAAUUCUAUGUAUCCCUAAAUAACUUUCCUCACGGAAUUAAUAAAUAAAUAAAUAAGGCUUCUACUUA